CUGGUCUUACAAAAUGCAAAUUGCUGACAUUUCACCGUUAAGCAAUUAAAUACUUGUAAAAAUUGUAAAUGCAUGAACACUUUGACAUUAAGUUUUGAAAUAACUGAGUAUUUAUUGGUAAUACUUGUGAUUUUCCGCUUUCUGUUUCUUCGAAUGGCUAGCCCAAAACUGUGUAGGAUGUAGAUGAGUCCUUGCCGUCAGAUGUUAUAUAAAGCUUUUAUGGUGUCCGGGGCAUAUUUGGAUCCACAGUGUGCUUCGGGAAGAGAUACAGUAACUCAUCUGUUUGAGUGGAAAUGGACCGACAUCAAGGCGGAGUGUGAGAUAUUUCUCGGACCUUACGGCUACUGUGCUGUCCAGGUGUCGCCGCCAAAUGAACACGCGGUUGUUGCCAACCCAAAUCGGCCGUGGUAUGAGCGGUAUCAGCCUGUCAGUUACAACAUCAUCACUCGCAGUGGCAACGAGCAACAGUUCCGGGAUAUGGUCACCGCCUGUAAUAAAGCGGGGGUCAGAAUAUACGUGGACGCAGUUAUAAACCACAUGACUGGGAGUUAUACCGGUCAUGGAACUGGGGGAUCUAGCUUUGACGGCAAUGCGUGUCGAUUUCCCGGAGUUCCCUAUGGCCCAAAUGACUGUAACGGACAUGAUAACUGCCAUACCAGAGACAUCAGCAUCCACAACUACGGAAAUUCAGAUGAGGUCCGAAACUGCCGUCUGCUUGGCUUGGCUGAUCUACGUCUCGGCUCCGACUAUGCUCGCGGAAAAAUUGCAGAUUAUAUGAAUAAGCUGAUUGGUUUUGGAGUUGCCGGUUUUAGGGUGGAUGCGGCCAAGCACAUGUGGCCUGGAGAUUUGGAAAACAUUUUUGGACGGCUGCAAAAUCUAAGAAGCGAUGUCUUCGGAUCUGGCAAGAAACCGUUCAUUUACCAAGAAGUGAUUGAUAUGGGUGGCGAACCAAUUACAAUGAAAGAAUAUUUUGGCACUGGACGAGUAACGAAUUUCAAGUACGGCGUUGAGUUGGCUAAUAUUUUCCUUCGCCACUCCAACCAGGCUAAAUGGCUAAGCAACAUUGGUGAAGGCUGGUCAAUGCCACCUACAAACAACGUUGUUGUGUUUCUCAGUAACCAUGACAACCAAAGAGGUCACGGUGGAGGAGGGGUUCCGAUCACGUUCAGAGAUCCAAAGCAGUUAAAGAUAGCAACGGCAUUCAUGCUGGCUCAUCCGUAUGGCUAUCCAAGGGUCAUGAGCAGCUACGAUUGGACACCAAAUUGGCAGAAUGGCGAUGAUCAUAACAACUGGCAGGGACCCCCUCACAACGGUGACAUGAGUAUCAAGAAUGUCACAAUCAACUCAGACAUGUCAUGCAUUAAUGGAUGGAUUUGUGAACACCGAUGGCGUCAAACGUACAACAUGGUGGCCUUUCGAAAUGUGGUGGGAGGCACUCCUCUACAAAACUGGCAUGCUUUUGGGGACUACCAAAUAGCAUUCUCACGAGGAAACAAAGGGUUCAUUGCCAUUGUUGGUGAUGGAAGCCACCUGAAUGCAAACGCUCAGACAGGACUACCAUCUGGAACCUACUGUGACGUCAUUUCUGGAAAUUACGAAAACGGCGCGUGUACCGGAAACAAAAUCCACGUAGACGGAAACGGAGAUACACAUUUGAAAAUUGACGGAAACUCGGAUGACCCCGUUAUUGCUAUUCAUAUUGGAGCUAAAGUUGGCAGCCCGAAGAAAGUAACAACAUAAAGAACAUGGACCCCAUUCUCUGAAAAUACUAAUUUCAUUCUGCCCUUCGGUUUGAAAAAAAACCCCAGCCCUUUAAAUGCUCCAGAGCAGACGGCGGCAUCGACACGCAAUCUACUGACGAUCUACUCCUAUAUCGACAGCGAAAAGUAUUUGCUAUCGAUCUCUUUAAAACUGACGCGGUAGAAUAAAACAAAAGGGGGGCUUUAUAAUCUUUCCGACAACUUAAUUUACAUCGCAUUUUUUCAAGGUUUAGAAAAAACCAAUGCAUACACCCUGUGGCUACAAAACAGGAUUGUGUUUAUCCGAGAGCUAAAAAUCACACAUUACUUCCCUUUAAAAGAUAUACGCCAUAACGAUCAUGGCUUGCUAGUGACAAAAACAAUGUCAGACCGAUUUACAUUUACCAUGUUUGUGAGUUUAAACUGGAACAGUACGGGAACUUAUUUAGCGGAACUAUCAAAUGCAUAUUUACAUCAUGCAAUAGAAUAUAAUUAUUGUGAAAUUCUCUUUUACGUUUAUUUAAAUGGUAGAAUUUGCGGAGAAACGUUUAGGCGUGCAUAUUUUGACUGUAGUAAAUCAUGCUAAUUUAAACAGAUACAAAUAAAUCGGAACCUAUUAUUUGUUAUGCUACACAAAUAAUGAACAUGACCAGAACCGCGCGACUUAUUGCACACGGCACUGUUCUAGCAUCAAAAUCUGCG